AUGGAAUACUAGUUAGAAUUAGCAAAUAAAACUAUAGAGGAAUUGAAAUAAAAAUUAUUAGCUGCUGAACAAUAAAUAGUUUCUAAGGAUACUGAAAAAAUUUCAAAAUUAGAGUUGUAAGAAAAAUAAAUUGAACAUAUGAGUGAUGAAAUAGCUUAAUUAUAUAGAAAAUUAGAGUUUUAAGAGCAUGAAUUAAGAAUUAAGGUUUAAUUUUAACUUAGUCUAAGGAUGAUCAAAAUUAUAAAUGUGAAGCAUAUAUAGAAAGAUUAGAAUAAUAAUUAAGAGAAACAUAUUAUUAAAUUGAUGAUCGAAAUGAAUAUUUGAAAUAAAUAGAAUAAAGAAUUGCGCCUUUAAAUUAAGAAAACUUAAAACUAAUUUCACAAAAUAAAUCAUUCUAAUAAGAGUUAGAAUAUUAUAAGAGAUCCGUUUAAAGUCAAAUAUUAAAGUAGAAAGCAGAAUAUGAAAUGAAAAUUAUUGAAUAGCAGGAUAAAUUAAUUCAAUUAACUAGAACUUCAAAUAAAGAAAAUGUUGCUAUUUCUUAAAAUACAUCAUUUAUUGAUUACGGAAAAGAAAGCAGAGCUAGUAGACAAUCUACUUAAGACUAAUUAUUUGAAUUGUAAUCAGAAUUAAACAAGAACAUUAAGCUAUUAAAUUCAAAACUUAAAUAAUAUAAAUGA